AUGAAGAGCGAAGACUUGGUCAAGAGCAACGAGGGGCCUAGACAACCGCCUAAAAAGCACCACAUGACGACGUCGUGGCCCUUUAAGCCGCGUUACACUUGGAACAUCUUGAUGUGGUAUGUCUGGUUGCUACAUGUGCUCCCCGACCUCGAGGUGCCAAACCCGCCAAAGCUUCCAAAGAGCGCAAAGGUUCCCUUUUUAGCCGAAUACAAGCAAUGGCUUUGGAUCCUGCCUCGGGCUCUCGUUCCCUUUGCCAUCCAUCGAGCCUACUACGAAUACAACGACGGCAAAGCCUGGAGCCCGCUCAUGGCCCACGUCUUUUUCGGCUAUGCUUUCCAGGUCUAUGCCGUCAUUUGCAUCCGCAAGAUGAACGACUUGGCCGCCAGAUACGGCUAUUUCGACUCCGAAGUCAAGAGAGACGGCGUCCCAGAUGUAUACGUUACCAAAAUUUUCAUCAGCCUCGUCUUUGUCGUCUUCUUCCGCCUCUUUCUCGGCAUGUUCCUUUUUUACGACCCAUACGAGAAGCCAACGCUCAGCCCAUGGCUGCCAGUGUACAUCUUCGCGUAUGCUGUCGUGCUGGACUUUUGGUUCUACGUUUACCAUCGUGCAAUGCACGACAUCCCGUGGCUGUGGAAGUAUCACCGUGUCCACCAUCUCACGAAGCAUCCUAACCCGAUACUGAGCGCCUUCGCCGACGUCGAGCAAGAAAUUGGCGACAAUCUCCUCGUCCCACUUCUGACGAGCAUCACCCUCCGCCCCGACUUUACCACAUGGUUCAUCGUCCAGGCAUUUGUCGUCUACACCGAGACAAUGGGUCAUUCAGGUAUACGUGCUUACAUACCAGCUCCAGCAACGGGCUAUAUUCUCCGACACCUUGGCCUCGAGAUCUGUGUCGAGGACCACGAUAAACAUCAUUCAAGGGGGUGGAGGAAGUCGUUUAACUAUGGCAAGCAGACUAGGAUCUGGGACACACUCUUCGGCACGGCCAGGCCUCGAGAGGAGAGUCGUGAUGACAACAUCGACUGGAAUCAUCCCGUUUCUUUCUGAAAGGGAAGAAUAGACUUGUGGUACCAGCACGCCGGCGCAAGAGGCGCAUAUACUGGUAGAAGACAUAGGCACUAGCUCCGAAUUGUGUUCCCCUUCUCUUCCCCUAAAAUCUCUUUCACGUCGUUACGAAAUAGAGAAGCCAGCAUCAUAGUCCAAUCAUCACAUGCCUUCCUCUCUGCUUUGCGAAAGCGGACCUGCGCCUCGACUAUCAGCCUCAGUAGGUAGCGUGGGUGAAAAUUUCCGUUGCAAUUUUCCGUCG